GAAUCUUACUGUUGUCCUGAUAAAAACGGGUAGUAAUGCAAUCGUGCAAUAAUGCAGCGCGUGGUAUUGCAACGCGUGCUAAUGCAACGUGUAGUAAUGCAACGGGUAGUAAUGCAGCGCGUGGUAAUACAAUGUGUCGGAAUAUAAUGCGUGAUAAUGCAACGUAUAGCAAUAUAACGCGUGAUAAUGAUAUGCGUGACAAUUGCCACUUAAUAAUUCCACCUGUGGUAGUUAAAUGCGUGCCUAAUUCACGCGUGGUAAUUAGGUAAGCGUGGUAAUCUACGUUUCGUAGAGUCUCACAAUCGUAGACGGGGCACUGGAUAGCACCUUAAUGUCGUUGGAUAACAGUACGAAAAAGAUGUUUCUGACUAUCACGAUGAGAGCAAUGGAGCCCAUUCAAUUCACCAGCAUCCACAUAGUUUCUAUGAACCUUGAAUCUUUCAUAACGUUAGUUAAAACAUCCUACUCGGCAUACACCAUGCUUCAACAGAUGCACUAACGAAAGGUGGCACUACGACUGCAUAAAACGGAAAAACGAAGCUUCGGAGAAACUUGCAUAAUGUAUGGCACAAUACGCUGAAAAUAUUGUUAUAAACCUUUCAGAGGAAAUUAAGUUCUAUCAGGG